AGUAUCUUACUCUCAAUACCAUCCACCGCCAAAAAACCGUCACCUAGAGCUGUCAAAUUUUUUCAAAGCUUCAAGGCCAACCCUAGCCUUUUCUACAUUGAGGCCCAUUUUGUUUGACCCACCUUUGGGGGCUUUUUCCAGAGCCCCUAGCCCCCAAAACCCCAGAAAAUGGGUUGGGAUUAAAUUAGGGCCGGGUUAGCCCCUAGUCCCAAAACCCCAUUUUUCUCUGUUGACCCUGCACAUUCUGUUUUCUUGACAAACGUUUACCUUUAAGAGCUCCACAACAAUCUACUAAAACCGCAGCGCAUAGCAGUACAGGCGGCGGCGGCAACACAGCACUUGACGGCAACGCACGGUGGUAUAGGCGGCGACGAUAUCAACGAUCGAGUGGUUGAAAGAAGAAUCGUGAACGAGGUAUUGCACUUUUGAUUGCUACUCCACGGGAUAAAAACAUAACGGAAGGAUCAGGAUUGGAGAUUAUAGAAAAUCAUCUCAAGUCAUGGAAAACAGUGCGAAGCAUUUAGACGAGGACGUUAUCAAGGAAGAAAAAUCGCCUAAACUUGCGGCGUUGUUGAAAGAGAUGAAGGAAGGGCUCGAUACUGUGAGGCUUAAAGUUCAAUCUUUAACUGCCAAAGUGAAAGAAGGUCAGUAUCCUACAGCGGAUGGAUUUAGCUACCUUGAGGCUAAGAAUUUGCUGCUUUUGAAUUAUUGUCAAUCCCUUGUUUAUUAUUUAUUGCGGAAGGCUAAAGGGUUAUCAAUAGAAGAUCACCCUGUUGUUCGAAGUGUUGUAGAGAUAAGAUUGUUUUUGGAAAAGAUUCGGCCAAUUGACAAAAAACAACAAUACCAAAUCCAGAAACUAGUGCAGGCUGGUGAAAAUGCAGCCAAAAGUGAUUUUCAAAGUACGGAGCCAGAUGCGUCCAAUAAGAGUGAGGAUGCAUCAAAGUAUCGUCCCAAUCCUGACAUGCUAGUUAGCAAAGUAGACUUAACCUUGCAGGAUGGACAUGAUACAUAUCAACCUGUAAAGUUUGCCCCUACUUCUAUGGAUCUAGAAAAACCUUCUAAGCAUGAAAGAAAUGCCUUGCGAAGAGAAAAAGAAAUUCUGAAACAAGCUAAGCAGAGUGAUUAUAUCAGGACAUUGAUGAAUGAUAUGGAGGAAAGACCUGAAGAGGUGAGGGAUUUUGAGGGAGCUAGCAAAGAAGUUGAUAGAUUUGUCUCCAAGAUGGAGAAACGCGCUCAGCAAGAGGAGGAGAUGUUCACUCGUGUUCCUCUUACGAAACAGGAGAGGAAGCGAGAAAAAUACUUGAAGAAAUCAAGAAAUGGGUUGCAAGGUCUAACAGAAAGUUUCUAUGAUGAAAUCAAAACAUUACCCUUUGAAGAUAGAACUGGAGAGCAAGUAAUGGGAUCUGGUAAAGGUAGCAGCAGAAAGAGCCGAGUACACAAGCGAAAGAGGAAACACUGAAGGAGGAGAUUUAGGAUUUUGACCUAAAGGGUUAUGGGAGACUGACCACCGCAUGCUGUUGGAGGAAGUAAUAUUAGGUUGAAUGCAAAGGAAAUGUAAAAGCUAGUGUUGGGUAUUGGGGAAUUCCUUCACGUUUGUAGAUUUAUGUUUGUAGGUUUAUUUUUGUACUUUAUUGCCAUCCUAAUUAGCUGGUGCCCAAUGGGGAACGUGGAUUGGAGAUUUUGGAAGCGAUGAAAUAGUGUUUUUUGGUUUAUUAUUACCAUUACACCACAUCCAAUUAUGUGAUGCACGUCUUUUUUGGUUUUA